ACAUCUAAAGAUGUAGGCAGGCAUGGUGGCUCUUGGUUACUUUGGUUUCAUUCUAGCACUCGCGAAGCAUUCUGUAGCGGAGGUCCCUCAUAUCGCAGACCUAGAGGUCAAGCACGCAGGGGACCCCGAAAGUGUUACAAAAGACACUCCGCAGCCUGGGGAGUCCCAUGAAGGAUCGGUAUCAGGGAACAUAGCCGAUGAUGUUGCAUUGAAGAAGGAGCUUUCGGACGCUGCUAGCAAGCUGAGUCAGACUGCAGAGGUCAAUGAGGACUCGCGCAGGACGCUUGACAGCAUAAAUAAGGAACAGGGCCGUAUAGAAAAGGAACUAGACCAGGCAAAGGUUGACAACAUCAACGAGUUGCAAGAAAGAAAGCGCGCUAUUCUGAAGCGCAUCGCAUCGUUGGGGAAGACACUACGAGUUGAACAUGACGCCCGCUUUCCACACCUUAUUGGGCAGCCCAUAAUAAUAGUUGCCAAGGAUGACGACGACACUAAGCGUACGGCCAAUACACUAGCUCACAUCGAGGGUAUAAAGGACACAUUGAACAGGAUACGUUCACCAUGCUCCAGCCUGGUACAAAUUCGUUCUGAUACACUGGACAAUGUGAAAUCUAAUAAUCACAAUCGGUUCGCUGUUGUACAACGUACCUUGGAUUCCAUGUCAAUUGAGGAGCGUCUUAAUUAUGAUCGCAAGAUGAUAGCGCACUAUGAGGGCAUUAUUCGUGAACUGGAAGACGGUAUUGCAGAAGCAGAUGCAGAGAUCAAUGCAUCGUGGCAGAGCUACAAAAGUUAGUACAUUCCAAUUACCAACGCGCGCGAAUCUGACUUUUGUAUAAGUU